CUUCCAGCACGUUCUCCAAUCCCCACCGGCCCAUCCUCUACGGAAACAAGAACAGGGACAGGGACAAAAGACUGAAACAAUCAUCAACAAAUCAGCAUCCUCCAGGAGUCCAGGUCCAGGUCCAAUCCAAUACAGUUGCUUCUUCUCUGACGCAACGCAACCCCAACUCCCCAAGCUCGCGGCAACCGCGAGUACCUCACUCUGUGCAACCGCCGCCACGCGCAGGUGUUGACUGUUGACUUGAUGGAUCAGAUUAUGGAUUUUCCUGUUGACCCAAUCAUGGCAGCUAAGGCCUAUAAGUACAAAGCAGAAAUACUUAUUAAUGAAUACUUGCUAGCAGAUUCAUAUGUUCUAUACACUUCUGUGCUCGCGGGGCUCCUGAUGUGCAAGUUGUCGUAUGACUUCACACACAUAAUCAGUUCUGUCUACUUCAAAGGUUAUGCCUCUCUUGCAAAGAUGAAAAAAAUUGAAUGGAACAACAGAGGAAUGUCCACUGUCCAUGCAAUAUUCAUUACAAUGAUGUCAGUAUACCUAGUCUUCUUAUCAGACUUGUUCUCUGAUCAGCUGGAAGGUCCAGUAACAUUUCGCAGUUCACACCUCUCCAAUUUAACAUUGGGGGUCUCUGUUGGGUACUUCAUUGCGGAUCUUGCAAUGAUAUUUUGGUUCUACCCUUCUCUUGGUGGUAUGGAGUAUGUUUUCCACCACAUCCUGUGCCUUGUUUGUGCUGUAUAUUCUAUGCUUUCUGGGGAAGGACAGCUAUACGCAUACAUGUUUCUCAUCUCUGAGACUACCACCCCGGGAAUCAACCUACGAUGGUUCCUCGACGUUGCUGGAAAGAAAAAUUCCAAAGCAUACAUUGCCAACGGGGUUGCAAUGUUUGUUACUUGGCUGAUGGUCCGGAUAGUUCUGUUCGUCUACUUGUUUUAUCACAUCCUUACAAAUUAUGAUCAGGUUAAGCAGAUGGACACUUUUGCUUGUGUUCUGAUAUCUGUCGCCCCCACCAUACUGUUCACUAUGAAUAUAAUAUGGUUUUCCAAGAUCGUAAAAGGUCUCAAGAAGACGCUUGCCAAAAGGCACACUGAAUAGGGGAAUGCGCGUACAUGUACAUCCAUCCCAUCUGUACAUUCACUUACAGCUAUGCACAUAGUAGCUAACGCAGACAUGCUGUUAAUUCAGCUUUUUCGUUGUGACUGCUCAGCUUGUUUUCUGGAUGUUAUAUGGUUUUGUGUGUAUGUUAGGUCUAACUGCGUGUGCUUAAUGUAAU